GUCUUCUUCUGCUGAAAAACGAAGAUCAGUUUUUUCACAUAGGCUACAGUCUAAGAAUAAUAAUUUUAAUGUAGAUCUCCAACGUUUUUGUUUGUUUGUUUUUUUAAUUCUCCAGGACUAGGCUUGAGUAUAAAAUGUGUGUGGGAAAAGUGGGCCAGUGAAAGUCAAGUAGCUUGUUACUUAGAGUCCAACAGGUGAGCCAGAUACGCGUUCACAGGUGCCCUGGUCAGCCUCUGUGUAACUGAGCUGAAUCUGCAGCUCGCAAUACGGACCAUUACCUCCAAGCUCGAGGAUGGAUUCGUGGAGCUUAACAAUCACAAACUGUAAACAUUUCACGUGUCAGUGGGCGUGGUGAUCUUUGAGAAGUCUUCAUGCACAUAGUAAAAUUUCCCUUAUCCACAGUGUUUGAGGCCUCCCAGCACCAUCCACCCCCCUCCACGAAUGCGCUCUGGUAAACUCAGCUUCAAGCCACAGCACUGACAGUGUUUUUGAUGUAGCUGGCAGUUUCGACUUUCAUGUUAAGUCUUGACAUCACCUUGAUGUGAGAAGAAUGAGUCGUUUAGAGGGUCUGAAGGCCGACUCGUCUCAGUUUACUCUAGAGGGAGAGCCUUUCCGCAUCCUGGGAGGCUCUGUUCAUUACUUCCGUGUCCCCAGAGCCUACUGGGAGGACAGGCUGCUGAAGAUGAAGGCCUGUGGUCUCAAUACACUCACAACAUAUGUGCCAUGGAACCUCCAUGAGCCUGAGAGGGGAACAUUUAAUUUUCAGGAUCAGCUGGACCUUAAGGCCUAUGUCAGUUUAGCAGCACAGCUGGGUCUCUGGGUUAUCCUGCGUCCAGGACCUUACAUCUGCGCUGAAUGGGACUUGGGCGGGUUGCCUAGCUGGUUGCUACAAGAUGAAGAGAUGCAGUUGAGGACAACUUAUCCUGGAUUCGUAAAUGCUGUCAACUUGUACUUUGACAAGCUCAUCUCAGUUAUCAAGCCUCUGAUGUUUGAAGGAGGAGGCCCGAUCAUUGCAGUCCAGGUUGAGAACGAAUACGGCUCAUUUGCAAAAGAUGACAAAUAUAUGCCAUUUAUAAAGAAUUGUCUCCAGUCCAGAGGGAUCAAAGAGCUUCUGAUGACUUCAGACAACUGGGAGGGCUUAAGAUGUGGAGGGGUGGAAGGAGCUCUAAAAACAGUGAACCUUCAGAGACUCUCAUUUGGAGCCAUCCAACAUUUGGCUGACAUACAGCCCCAGAAACCUCUCAUGGUGAUGGAGUACUGGUCUGGAUGGUUUGACGUCUGGGGAGAACAUCAUCAUGUGUUCUACGCCGAGGACAUGCUGGCUGUGGUGUCAGAGAUCUUGGAUCGAGGCGUUUCCAUUAAUCUGUACAUGUUUCAUGGCGGAACCACCUUUGGCUUCAUGAACGGUGCAAUGGACUUUGGCACCUACAAAUCUCAGGUCACCAGUUACGAUUAUGAUGCUCCCCUAUCUGAAGCUGGGGACUGCACUCCAAAAUAUCACCACCUGAGGAAUUUAUUCAGCCAGUACCACUCUGAGCAUCUUCCUGGAGUGCCCUCUUCUCCCGAGAGGAAAGCUUACGGCCCUGCUCUUAUCCAGCAACACCUGUCAUUGUGGGACGUCUUGCAAUUCAGCGACAAGCCGCACAGGUCAGACAGGCCAGUGAACAUGGAGAAUCUCCCUGUGAACAAUAACAACGGUCAGUCAUAUGGUUAUACACUGUAUGAAACCACUAUCACUGGUGGAGGAGCCCUAAACUCCAGGAACAACAUUAGAGACAGAGCGCUGGUUUUUGUGAACAGGGAGUGUGUUGGUUGUUUGGACUACAAGACUCAUGAGGUUGCAAUCCCUGAUGGGAAGGGGGAGAGGACAUUAAGCUUCCUUGUGGAGAACUGUGGAAGAGUGAAUUAUGGGAAAGCUCUGGAUGAACAGCGCAAAGGUAUUGUGGGAGACAUUGUGUUGAACAACACCCCACUGAGAGGAUUUUCCAUCUCCUGCUUAGAUAUGAAGCCCAGCUUUAUAAAGAGAUUAACAAAUUCAGGCCAAUGGAAAACUGACUUCAAGUCACAUUGUGUCCCCGGGUUUUUCCAGGCCAGGCUCUGUGUCGAUGGCCCUCCCAAAGACACCUUUGUCAGCCUUCGUAGUUGGGGUAAAGGCGUUAUAUUUGUCAAUGGGCAGAACCUUGGACGUUAUUGGUUUAUUGGCCCCCAGCAUUUCCUUUAUCUCCCAGCACCUUGGCUUAGAAGUGGAGAGAAUGAGAUUAUUGUCUUUGAGGAACAACGGGUGCAUGAUAAACUACUGUUUGCUGAAAAUCCUGAUUAUGGAAAGGCUAUUGAUGUGUACAAACUUCCUUUCUGCACACUGCUGUGAACAUGCUGUAAAACAACAAACUAACUUUAACACAUACACACAGACAAAGACAACCAUGCUCUUUCAUUAAAAGAUUGAUAGAUUUAUUAUAUUAAUACGGUCUAGCCUAUAAAGUCUAUUGUAAAUAUUUUCAUUCAAAUUGUAAAAUCUUACAUUGCUAGUUGUUUUGUUUCCUUUACUAUGCAAUCUGCAAUCGUCUUAUGAUUUAACAUGCACUUUGCUCUCACUACAAAUAAUGCAAUUUGAACCCAUUUUACACAUCUUGAACCUUUGACUGUGUAAAGUCCCUGAUUUGACCAGAUCAGGAGUGUCAAACUUAUUUCAUGUUGUGGCUCAUGCAGCACACUUGAAUCUUAAAUGGGCUGGAUUAGUGAAAAUCCCCUUUCUGUUGUUGUAUAGAAGUUUACUACACAUUUAAAAUCCAUGAGAAGUGCAAUUUCACAUUGUAGUCGAUGAAAGAAAUCUGUCAACACAAAUAAAUA